GAGGACCCGCCGCCCGCGCCGCCGCCAUGGUUAUGUCCCAGGGCACCUACACGUUCCUCACCUGCUUUGCCGGUUUCUGGCUCAUCUGGGGCCUCAUCGUCCUACUCUGCUGCUUUUGCAGCUUCCUGCGCCGCCGCCUCAAACGGCGCCAGGAGGAGCGGCUGCGUGAGCAGAACCUGCGCGCCCUUGAGCUGGAGCCCCUUGAGCUGGAGGGCAGCCUGGCAGGGAGUCCCCCGGGCCUGGCGCCCCCGCCACCCCCCCACCGCGGCCGUCUCGAGGCGCCGGCGCACGCCCACCAGCACGUGCACGUGCACCCGCUGCUGCACCACGGGCCCGCGCAGCCACACGCGCACCCGCACGCACACCACCACGCGCUUCCGCACCCGCCGCCGCCGCACCUAUCCGUGCCGCCCCGGCCCUGGAGCUACCCCCGCCAAGCGGAAUCGGACAUGUCCAAGCCACCGUGCUACGAAGAGGCGGUGAUGAUGGCCGAGCCGCCGCCGCCCUACAGCGAGGUGCUCACGGACACGCGCGGCCUCUACCGCAAGAUCGUUACGCCAUUUCUGAGCCGCCGCGACAGCGCGGAGAAACAGGAGCAGCCGCCACCCAGCUACAAGCCGCUCUUCUUGGAUCGGGGCUACACGUCGGCUCUGCACCUGCCCAGUGCCCCGCGGCCCGCGCCGCCCUGCCCUGCGCUCUGUCUGCAGGCGGACCGCGGCCGCCGGGUCUUCCCCAGCUGGACCGACUCAGAGCUAAGCAGCAGAGAGCCACUGGAGCACGGAGCUUGGCGCCUACCGGUCUCCAUCCCCUUGUUCGGGAGGACUACAGCCGUAUAGAGGGCGCCCGGCGUCCCGAGCCCCACCCGCGGACUCCUGGCCUGAUUGCGGGGCUUUUUAAAUGCUUCCCUUGGA